AUGAUACAAUUGCACGUUUCUACCGCUGUCGCAGUGUGUUCGUGCGGGUGCGUCCUCUCAACGAAUCGGAGACGCGAGGCGACACGCGCCAUACCGUGCAAUGCCAAGUUCGCUUUUGAUCAUGUCUUCCCCGAGCAGUCGUCGCAGUUGCAGGUUUUCCAGAAGACCACCAAACCCAUCUUGCAGGACGUCCUCAGUGGCCAUAAUGUGAGCGUCUUUGCCUAUGGAGCCACAGGGGCAGGCAAAACGCAUACCAUGUUGGGUCACGGUGGUGAGCCUGGUAUCAUCGUGUUGACCAUGGUCGAGCUCUUUGAGCAGUUGCGUCAGCGCUCCCAAGAAUACGAAACAGACCUUUCUGUCUCUUAUCUCGAGGUUUAUAACGAGACGAUCCGUGAUCUUUUGAAUCCAAGCGUCGGCGUUUUGAACCUUCGCGAAUCAGGGGAUGGCGUGGUCAUGGCCUUGCUGACCAAGGGCAACCAGAACCGGACACAACACCCCACGGACGCCAACGCAACCUCCUCACGGUCACACGCAGUCUUUCAGCUUCAUGUUAAACAGACGCCUCGCAACAGCGGAACCACGGCCCAUGUGCUGACGGCCAAGAUGAGCCUUAUUGAUCUGGCGGGAUCUGAGCGCGCCUCAGCCACCAGCAAUCGUGGGGCGCGAAUGCGCGAGGGCGCCAACAUCAACAAAUCCCUUUUGGCGCUGGGAAGCUGCAUCAAUGCGCUUGCUUCAACGGCGCGCCGUAAACCCCAUGUGCCCUACCGCAACAGCAAACUCACCCGCCUCUUAAAAGACAGCCUGGGUGGCAACACACGCACAAUCAUGCUGGCCAAUGUUAGUCCUUCCUAUGGCACCUACGAUGAUACCUUCAACACGCUGCAGUACGCUAAAAGCGCCAAGAAUAUCAAGAAAAGCGCGAGCGCUUGGAGAAGGACCAGACCGCUUUGA